CGAGCCUGUCUGGCUUCAUCCACAUUACCCUCAUUUAUUUGGCCGGGGUUGGCGAUGGUUUUCGAGAUGAUUUGGUAAACAUUUAGCAUCUGGAAUUACGAUUUUCGGAUUGUUUGAAAGGAAGUAUAAAAAAAAUACCAUGAACAGUAGAGUUUUUGGAACUCCGAUAGAAAUAAUGUGCAAAACAUGGGGAGAGAUUGAGGCCCAGAAACCUAAAUUUUAGCUCAUUUCCAAGACCAGCAAUCGCCGCAAACAAAACUGCCCGAGCCAGCAACCCUCAAGGACUGAGGCCACAGUACAUAAAUACCAUAAUUUCUCAUUGCCAUGCGUCCACGAUGUUUACAUUGCCGCACCAUAGACGAGCUAUGGGCGCAUGCUCGCCCCGGAAUACGGCCAUUGCCUCGGCCUAGACGAUUAAUCACAUCCCGCACAGCUCCAGUUCGACGCUUCACCUCCGAUCCGAGCAUACAUCAGAAAAACGUUGCUGUAAUAGGGGCCGGUGUUACUGGCCUGUCAACUGCAUUCCGUCUCUCUCAAGAUCAAGAUGCACGGGUUACACUUUAUGAGAAGGCUCCGAAGCUUGGUGGUUGGUUGCAAUCGGAAAUAAUCGAUGUUGAUGGUGGGGAAGUGCUCUUUGAAUACGGACCUAGAACACUCCGCGCGGGAUUGGAAGGCAGCAUGUCGACGUUGGAGCUGUUAUUCGAUCUAGGCCUCAAAGACGAUAUUAUCUCAACCAAGACAGAUUCCCCCGCUGCCCGCAACCGAUACAUUUACUACCCAGACCACCUCGUGCGUUUACCGGGUCCGUAUCCCGGCGCUGGCGUACUGGGAAACGUUAUUAUGAAUGUUAUGCAACUAAUUUCAGAGCCCGUGCUCAGGAGACUUGCGAUGGAAGUGAUUUUGGAGCCUAGACGGCCCGUCCGCGACCCAGCAAUAUCUGACGAGUCCAUCGGCGAUUUUAUCAAGCGCCGUUUUGGGCCGAACGCGGCAGAUGUUGUUGGGUCUGCGUUUUUCCAUGGCAUCUAUGCUGGCGAUCUAUACAGACUCAGCGCGCGGUCGAUUUUGCGCGUCGCCUGGGAUGAGUUCGAGCUCUCUGAACGAGGGUUUGCGACGGAGUUGAUGGAUCAGGCUAACCAACUAAAACUUUCUAUGCCAUAUGAUAUUGCCAUGGCUCGUCGGUUGGUUGAGAAGGAGAAAUAUAAUGAGAUUCGUCGGUUUGCAAAGGGUAAUAAUGUUUUUACCUUGCGGCGGGGUAUGGGGCAGCUCUCCACAGCAUUAGAGUCGUCGUUAAGGGGUGCAUCGAAUGUGGAAAUUAAGACGGGUGCCGAGAUUAAGUCUAUCUCUAGGAGGGGGGAGGAUUCAGCAUCUAUGACUGUUGGCCUUGAUGAUGGUACCGCUUCCGACUACGACUAUGUAAUAUCCACGACAACUUCCGCAGCCCUCUCCCAGCAACUCCUUGCCUCAGGAACGAACCAACCUCCAACAUCCGUAACCGACCUUCUCGAUGAAAAUGACUACGCUGUUACCGUCAUGGUCGUCAACCUCUACUACAAAAACCCAAAUCUAAUCCCCACCCGCGGCUUUGGCUACUUAAUCCCACGCUCUGUCCCCUUUGAUCUAAACCCCGAACGCGCACUCGGCGUUAUCUUCGCCUCAGAUAGUAGCGCCGGGCAGGACACUGCCGACCCUCCCGGUACAAAGCUUACCGUCAUGCUUGGCGGUCAUUGGUGGGAUGACUGGCUCCUCUCAGACCUGCCGAAUGAAGAGAGCGCCAUCGCCAUGGCCAAAUCGGUGCUGGCGAGGCAUCUGGGCAUCGCUGACGAACCUGUUGUUGCCAAAGCGCGGUUGCAGAGGGAUGCGAUUCCCCAGCCGACGAUUGGACAAGUGAUGCGGAUGGAACAGCUGCAUGACGCUUUGGAGCGCCGGUUUGAGGGGAGAUUGAAGGUUGCUGGGGCGUGGUAUACGGGUGUUGGGGUUAAUGACGCAAUACGGGCUGGGAGAAUUGUGGCCGCGGCGACGCUAGAGGGGCGGGACGGGACUACGGGAUUGGAGAGAUAUACAUCAGAGAAUUUUAAAGGGAGGUUUCCUGCUUUGAAAGUGCAGGAGGAGGAGGAGGAGUGAGUGUAUGAUUAUUUGAGAGGGGUUUCUUCUUGUGUGAUGUAUAUUAAAGGUGGAAAUACAUAUGGUUUUGGUCUUCUUCUCCAUUGCGGCUUCGAGCUGAACUUAUUGUCAGAUAGAAAUAGAGAUUAAAAUUCAUAUACCCCUUUUUAGGCGCGAAAAGUCCGAUUCAUUGACUAUAUGCCACCGAGAUAUCAGGGUACGCUCUUGUUCGUACCUGUAUUGUUUGCCAUCUCCUAUCCGUCGAUAUUUCCCCUGGGUUUGUUUCUUGGUGUUGCAACUAUUCAUUCAAUUGCAUGUGCAUAGCCCUUUCAAGCCCAGGACUUCACUCAUAUUAUUCACCAUCAAAAUGUAUCCCUCCCCAAUCUCCACAUCUGAGUUGAACUUGUCUCUCCAACAUGCAAUCAGAGGCCCUUCACAAAUCGGCAUGGC